GGGACCAGGGUCCCGCUGCCACAGGUAAUUGCUGAGGUGUGUUGGAAGAUCGAGCCUGUGACGCGGGGGAAGCUGCCACAGUGCGCUGCGAGUGUCUGUGCCUCGCCCGACUGUAUCCUCGGCUUUACAGAGCCGAUGCUUUCCAGCUAUCCCUCGAGCUUGGAUUAAUGUGAGCUGGAGCUCGACCUAUCUGUUACAUCACCGCGCCAUCAACAAUUUGCUUCAUUUAUUGAACACGAGAUUCUGUAUCAAUUGAGGUCGAUAUCAACCGUCUCAUUCGGUACCACGGCUCGUCUGUUUUAUUCACCACACGUCACAUCCCAUUCAGAUUGAGCGUCUUCUCGAGCUCUCACCUCAACCAUGAACUCACUCAGAUACCUUCGGCCGGUGGCCUCGCGAAUGCAGGCACCGACGCUGCCCAGACUCACACGUGGAUUCGCCAGCAAGACAUACGAGUUCAUUCAAAUUUCUCAGCCCAAGCCUGGCGUUGGUCAAGUGACGUUGAACCGCCCCAAGGCCUUGAAUGCCCUCUGCACUCCCCUCAUCCAUGAGCUCAACGAUGCGCUGAGGGCCUUCAAUGCGUCGGACGAAACAUCUGUCAUCGUCCUGACCGGCUCCCAAAAGGCCUUCGCCGCCGGUGCCGAUAUCAAGGAGAUGGCCCCUCUCACCUUUUCCGAGGCAUACACCAAGUCCUUCAUCGAGUCGUGGUCCCUUCUCACCACCGAGGUCAAGAAGCCCAUCAUCGCUGCUGUCUCGGGACACGCGCUCGGCGGAGGCUGUGAGCUGUCCAUGAUGUGCGACAUUCUCUACUGCACCGAGACUGCCAACUUUGGCCAGCCCGAGAUUAAGCUCGGCACGAUUCCGGGUGCCGGCGGCAGCCAAAGACUCACCCGGGCCAUCGGAAAGUCCAAGGCCAUGGAGCUGAUCCUGACGGGCAAGUCCUUUAGCGGUGCCGAUGCCGAGAAGUGGGGUCUUGCAGCCAAGGCGUUCCCUUCGUACGAGGUUCUCAUGGAGGAGACGCUCAAGACGGCCGAGACCAUUGCCGGCUACUCGAGAGUGUCCAUCAACGCGUGUAAGGAAGUUGUAAACAAGAGCCAGGAUCUGCCUCUGAGGGAUGGUGUUGAGUUUGAGAGGAGAGUAUUCCACAGCUUGUUCGGCAGCAACGACCAAAAGAUUGGCAUGAAGGCAUUCGCUGAGAAGAAGAAGGCAGAGUGGACUCACUCUUGAGGGCGUCGCGGCAUGUCUAUGAAAGGAUAGUUGUAUGCGAAAUAGCCGAGUCUGGCAAAGACAUUAUGUUGUGCAACCAUGAUGUUGGGCAAAUGAAUGUGCUGCGUGUGUUUGGGGAAAUCCGUCAAACUGCUCGGCAUGAAUAAGAUCAUGUAAGAGCACAGUCAGCCCCAGCACCGACUUUUGCUUGGCUGUGUUGCUCUGCAGGAAAUAGGAUGAUAUUACUUUUCGGGGUCUCUCGUACAGCAUUCGCCUUCAUGCAUGAUUACUCUAGUCCCGAGACUCUUCACCAAGCUAGUAAGUGCACAAUAAAAGCUACAUAAACCAAACAGUCUUCAACAUGCAAGAAUAACUCACAUGCCUGGCCGAGAAUAC